UGGGCUUUCUCCAUGUAUUAGCCCAACGGAAGCGAUGUUCAGCUCCAAGAACGAAAGGAAACAAUUCGCAAUGGAAGAAAUCUCAGGGCAAUCGACUUCGACGCCAACAAUCGUCCGAUCACCGAGCUUUGGGUUAUUGAAAUAGUCACUGAUCCAUGUGAAUUUCGCGUUAUUCAAAUGAAGCAGAUGGUUGGUACAUGUGAAGCAUUGGUGGAGAAUACUUUAGCUUUGGAUGGAACUAUCUCAUCAAGUGAUUUUUACAAGGCUGCUUGUGCUUUUGUUCAUAGAUGGAAUCUGAUCAACUCUGAUUUUCCUUCAUGGUCAUGGAUUCCAUGUCAGAAACUACGGUGGAUUAGUUCUGAUGAUAAGGCGGAAGGAUACUUAUCUUUGGAGAAAAUAUGCCUUCAGAGACCACAAGAGAACGAGCAGGAGAAAGGAGAGUGUUUUGAGGAAAUAGAUACUGCUGGCAACAACAAUGAGUCUCUCGAUGAAGCUACAUUAGUUCCAUUCCCAAGUGAUCAUCAAGAAGUACAUUACUAUGAUUUUCAGAUUCUGCACUGUGCUUCAUAUAGUGUUCCAGUGCUUUACUUUCGAGCUUACAGUUGUGAUGGACAACCUCUGACGUUUGAAGAAAUGAAAAAGGACCUUCCAUCACAGUCUGAAGAUGCACUAUUGAAUUCAAAAUGGACGUUUAUUACUCAGGAGGAGCAUCCAUAUUUAAACAGAAUAUGGUUCAAAUUACAUCCUUGUGGAACGAGGGAAUGGAUGAAGCUACUCUUACUUAGUGACGCAUCCUGGUUCAAGAAUGCAAUAGCGAUUGAAAGAUAUGUUGCCUCAUGGCUCUCAGUUGUGGGGCAAGUAGUUGGCUUGAGAAUCCCCAUGGAAAUGUUGAAAGAUGGCGGUGGCAUCCAGUUCUGAUUCUGGUGUUCCUCACCAUUUUAUCAGCCUUGUGUAUGUUUGGUUUCGCUAUUGGCAGGUGGAGGGUGCUUUUAGACCAUUGAAACCACAUCUCAAAAUUUGUAUAUAUAAUUGCUUUAUGAUAUAAUCUGAUUAUGGGAAAUGUCAUUUUUGUCAUUUCCUACUAGCCUCGACGUUUAUGGGAGUUUAAGUACUAAAAUGAACGUGUAAUUGCGAACAAGCUACACUUUGGGGACAAGUUAAAUUAUAAGUUUAGUAUGUUUCAUGCCUA